UUCUUAAUUUAUUAGUAAACUACCUUCUUCUCUUUAAUUUAUUCUGAUAUCCAACUCUACUCCUAAGACACAUAUCUUAGCCGCAUGGCCUCCUCCCCAGACUUUUUCCUCCUAAUCCUACCCAUCUUUCUACUUUCUUUUCAUGUUCCUUCUGUUUUUUCUGCUAUUGAGAGUGAAACAAAUGCCCUUCUGACAUGGAAAGCCACUCUUGAUAAUCAAAGCCAGUCUUUUUUAUCUUCUUGGACUGCUAAAAGCAAUUAUUGCAGUUCUUGGUUUGGUAUUCACUGUGAUGAAGCAGGAAGUGUAACCAAUAUAAGCCUUAGAGAUACUGGUUUAAAAGGUACGCUUCAAAGUCUAAGCUUCUCUUCAUUUCCUAAUCUUCUUCAUCUUAAUGUCAGUAACAACUCAUUCCAUGGGAAUGUUCCUUCUCAGAUUGGCAAUCUUUCCAGACUAAAUAUUCUUGAUUUUUCUCUUAAUCAGAUUUCUGGUUCUAUUCCUAAAGAAAUUGGCAUGUUAGGAUCUCUUACUUAUAUCGAUUUAUCAAAUAAUCCUUUCACUGGUACAAUCCCAACUUCUAUUACAAACUUGACAAAUUUGCCUAUUCUUUAUAUUCAUGAGACCCUAGUUUCGGGUUCUAUACCUCAAGAAAUUGGUCUAAUGAAAUCCCUUACUCAGCUUGAUUUAUCAGUAAAUAGUUUCACCCGUAAAAUUCCAACUUCUAUAGGAAACUUGACCAAGCUGUCGGAACUUUAUUUUAAUGGCAAUCAACUUUCUGGUUCUAUACCUCAAGAAAUUGGGAUGAUGAAUUCUCUUACAGUACUUGCGUUGUCAAAUAAUACUCUUUCUGGUUCAAUCCCAACUUCUAUAGGAAACUUGACAAAUUUAGUCUCUCUUUAUCUUUCUGAUAACCGACUUUCGGGUUCCAUACCUCGAGAAAUCGGGAAGUUGACACAGCUUAGUUUAAUCUUUCUUGAAAAUAAUCAAUUUUCUGGUGAUUUACCUGUGGAAAUGAGUAACCUCACUUAUUUGGAAGUUUUCAUUGCGUAUAAUAACAAUUUUAGUGGUCAUUUACCGCAAGAUAUAUGCAGUGGUGGAUUGAUUAAGGCUUUUGCUAUUAGUGAAAAUAAUUUCAACGGGCCAAUCCCAAGAAGCUUUAGAAACUGUACCAGCUUAAUCAGGCUUCGUAUUGAGAGAAACCAAAUUACAGGAAAUUUUUCUGAAGUUUUUGGCGUCUAUCAGAACUUGAAGUACAUGGAUUUAAGUGACAACAAGUUUUUUGGCGAGCUUUGGUGGAAAUGGGAAGAUUUUAGUAGCUUGUCAAUGCUGAAAAUGUCAAAGAAUAAUCUCUCUGGCUCAAUACCACCUGAAAUUGGAAAUGCACCUAUGUUGCUAUCUCUUGACCUCUCAGCAAAUCAUCUUGUGGGGACAAUUCCAAAAGAACUGAGCAAGCUAAAGUUGUUAGAGCUUUCUCUUGAUGAUAACAACAUUUCAGGUGAAAUUCCUAAAGAAAUUGGUACAUUAUCUGAUCUUGGAACUCUAAGCUUGGCAGCAAACAAUUUAAGCGGAGCAAUUCCUAAACAGCUCGGAGAUUGUUCGAAACUAUUGUUCUUGAAUCUUAGCAAGAACAGUUUUACAAAGAGUAUUCCUUUGGAGAUUGGGAAGUUACAUUCUCUGGAAAGUCUUGAUCUUAGUCAAAAUUUAUUAAUAGGGGAGAUACCACAACAGUUUGGUGCGUUAGAAAGAUUGGAGACAUUGAAUCUCUCUCGCAAUAUGCUUUCAGGUUCAAUUCCAAGUAGUUUUGUUGGUUUAUUAGGCUUGACAAUAGUGGAUAUAUCCUACAAUGAGUUAGAAGGUCCAAUUCCACACAUUAAACCCUUUCAAGAGGCUCCCUUUGAUGCGCUUCGAGACAAUAGAGACUUGUGUGGAAAUAACACUAGACUAGAGGCUUGUCCUUCUCCUACAAGUGCUAAUGGAAAAAAGGGUAGUAAACCUUCUAAUUUAAUUAUUGUUCCUCUUGUUUGCAGUAUAGUUCUAAUUAUUCUCUUUGUUGGAGGAUUCUUCAUUCUUCGUCAAAAAAUCAGAAGCAGAAAAAUUGAUUUGGAGAAAAAUGUGCCAAGCUGUGAAGGUACUUGUGCCGUAUGGAGCAAUGACAAGGAUAUACAAUAUGAAAAUGUUGUUAAUGCUACCAAAAUGUUCGACUCUGAAUAUUGCAUUGGGAUCGGAGGGUAUGGAGUUGUCUACAAAGUUGUAUUACCAACAGAUCGAGUUGUUGCUGUGAAAAAACUUCACCAAUCACAAGAUGGAGAAAUGACUGAUUUCAAAUCAUUUACAAGUGAGAUUACUGUGUUAAUGAACAUUCGCCAUCGAAACAUUGUCAAAUUAUAUGGUUUCUGCUCGCAUACCAAACACUCAUUUUUGGUUUAUGAAUUUAUUGAAAGAGGAAGUUUGAGAAGUAUCUUAAACAAUGAGGAACAAGCAACGGAGUUGGAUUGGUUUAGAAGAAUAAAUGUUAUUAAAGGAAUCGCUAAUGCAUUAGCUUACAUGCACCAUGAUUGCUCUCCUCCAAUUAUUCAUCGAGACAUUUCUAGUAACAAUGUUCUAUUGGAUUCAGAUUUUGAGGCUCAUAUCUCUGAUUUUGGAACAGCUAGGCUUUUAAUGCCUGACUCGUCAAAUUGGACCUCAUUUGCAGGCACAUAUGGAUACACAGCUCCAGAGCUAGCUUAUACAAUGGCAGUAAAUGAAAAAUGCGAUGUCUACAGCUUCGGUGUAGUGACACUCGAAAUAAUAAUGGGAAGACAUCCAGGCGAUUUCAUUUCUUCUUUAUCAUUAUCGUCAUCAUCAUUGUCGUUGCCAAUUGAUCAAGAUACUCUACUUGAAUAUGUGAUUGACAAACGCCUCCCAAUUCCUGGAAAUAAAGCUCCUGAUGCAUUGAUACACACUGUAAAACUUGCACUUGCAUGCUUGAUUGUUAAUCCUCAAUCUCGGCCAACCAUGAGGCAAGUUUCUUCACAGCUGGCAGCCAGAAGCUAAUUAUGGUGUCAAUUGAAAAUGAGAAAUUCUUAGAAGGACUCGGUCUACCACGUCAGCUAUGAAUCCACCCAAUGAAAUAAAGCUAUCAAGGCUUUUGGUCUACUAGUUUGUUUAACAUUCUUGUUUUAGCUUUUCAUGCUUUAUACCCUUUCCCAUAUUGUAUUAUUUGUAAGUCUUUUUAAUGUAAAUUCAAUCCUUAAAAUCCAACAAA